GCUGUGAAAAUCCCAAGCCUUGCCAGUCGGAGCUGAUCGUGCUCGAGCACGGGUCCUACAGCGGAGACCCCGUCACCAAAGUGUUGCUGCAGCCGCUGACAGGGCGGACUCAUCAGCUUCGGGUUCACUGCAGCGCCAUCGGCCACCCCGUCGUGGGGGAAAAAAAGGACAGCAGCCCCUACCGCAUGAUGCUCCACGCCUACUACCUGCGCAUCCCCACCGGCAAGGAGCUCAUCGAGGUCUGCGCCCCCGACCCCUUCGUCACUGCCAUGGACAGCAACUGGGUGCCCCACCAGGUCGUUCACCAGCUGGACGAGACCAUCCAGGAGCUGAAGGACAAGACGGUGAAGAAGCAGGAGGAGGAGGAGAGUGAGGAAGCUGGUGGCGGGGGAGAAGAGGCACCGAGCAAAGCCAAGAGCCCGGAGACAGAGGAGCAGCGAGCCCGGUGUGAGCAGUGGUUGGCCGAGUGGGCUUUGGAGUGA